GCGAGCCAUUUCCGCCGCCACCGCCCAUCCCAAUGCCAGCCCGCGCGUCUUGACGGCUUCCCAUCCACGUCGCCGCCCGUCGCUCGUUUCCAUCCAUUCCAAUCAUUUCGACGACUUCAUUGCUACGGCUUUGCACCUCUCUGCCUGGCUUCCAUCGAGGCGGCGAGUGCCUUCCCCUCCCCAAAAACGCGCACGCACGCACGCACGCAGCUCACGUACACACACACACACACACACACACACACACGCACACACGACAUCAACGAUGAAGGCCUCCCUCCUCCCCACCGGCCUCCUCCUCCUCCUCAUCUCCACCCUCGCCACAGCCCAAGUGCUCAGCACCGGCAGCCUCCCCUCCUGCGCCUCCAACUGCGCCAUCCUGCAAAACGCCAACUCGCAAUGCGGCGGCUCCAACUCCAACUCCGUCAGCACGUGGUCCUGCUUCUGCCAGGCGGUGUACAACAACGCGGCCAAGAACACUGCGGCCAUCUGCCCGACGUCCUGCGAUGCGACCGAUGACGCGAGUGUGGGGACGUGGUUUGCGCAGCAGUGCGGGAGCGAUAAUGGGGCUUCGGAGCACUCUGGUUCGGGCUCUGGGACGACGUCUUCGGCUGGUUCGACGGCUACGGGGACUGGAGCCGGGGGUUCCUCUUCUUCCACGACGAAUGAUGGUGCUAAUGGAGGUGGGGGAUGCAGCGGGUCUUGGUUUCACUGUCACUACCAAUGGAUCAUUAUGGUCAUCGUCCUUGCCAUCGCCCUCCUCACCCUCGGCUUUGUAGGUCGCUGGGCAAAGAAACGCCACGACCGCAAACGCGAUCAGAUCCGCGAAGGCUUCAACUCGGGCAUCACCUCCCGUGGCGCCAACAACGGCUUCGACAACGACAAGCUUGCCCCUCCUUCCAACACCCGAGCGGGCGCCACGGACUCGCCUGCGCGGACGCGGGACGCUUUCAUGCCGUAUGGGUAUGGGUAUUCGCGGGGUGAGAGGGGGGACUCGCCGGAGAUUGAGCAGGGCGGGAGGUUUGGGUCGGCAAAGGGUAAGCUGAAGGGGGUGUUUGUGAGGGAGAAGAGUCAGCCUUGGUGAUGGCCGACGAACGGGUGGAAUGGAUGGGGUGACUGUGUUGGACGGAGUUUGGGGACGAAGUGGGGGCAGUUCUUACGAGUACUACAUGCCUUACAUUUGGCAUUGACGGUGGAUAUGGGGAGGAGUUGGACGGCGGGA